AUGGAUCUGGACAUCGAAAUGGGCGACGCCGAAGUGGCUCAAGAGGUGUUGCCCUUGGUCGACCCGACAUCUGCCGACGACAUUCUGGGAUCGAAUGAGCCCGAAGAGCCGGGUGAAUUGCCCAACGAGGAUGUGUCUGCGAGGUCUGAAGAUGCGGAAAGCACGAAAGUAAUGCCUACAAAACUGCAUAUUCAUGGACUAGAUAUCCUAUCUUCUGACGACAUCAAAUCCUAUGUCAGAGAACACUAUGGAGACGUCGAUAGGAUAGAAUGGAUCGACGAUGCUUCGGCCAACUUAGUGUUCGCUUCAGAACUUACAGCUCGGGAAGCAAUCGUUGCCCUUAGUUCAAUCGAAGUAGCCGAUGCGACCGCACUUCCGGUUGGGGAGGCAAUUCCCGCAAAGCCUCUCAAUGGCAAACCAGAAGUAUCGCUUCGGAUUCGUUUCGCCACGCAAGGCGACAGAAAAAAAUCUGGCGCCGCCCUCCGAAGCCGAUACUACCUUCUCCACCCCGAGCACGACCCGGAAGAGAGGCGGCGGCUUAGGCGGGACGAGGGUCGGGGACGAUAUCGAGAUAGAACGGAUGGGUACCGCCGGAGCGGUAGGCAGGGCUAUGGCUUGAUGCACGACGUGGAUAAUGUAACCGAGACGUUUGAGGCCAGCAUGUACGACGAUGCCCCGCGCCCUAGACCGCAUCCCCCACGAUCAGAAUCAGACGACGACUCAAGACGGCCCGCGAGAGAUAACCGCGGCAAGGAGCUAUUCCGGGAGCGGUCAUCUGCAAGGCGAGAUAGAUCAGCUUCUCCGCGGCGCCGAGGCGAUGGAGGUGCCCAUAUGGACAACCUAGCCAGCUCACUGCGCAACAACAAGGAACAGGCUCGUUCCAUCCGGGGCCGCCCUUCGGAGGAGAAUCGGGCCGUAGAGCUCUUUCCGACGAAGGUGCCUGGGAGAGGCGGGCAACUGGACCUGUUGGAACGUUCCAUUGGGUCGGCUCGUCUAAAGGAAGAUGAUAUACCCAAAGUUGUAGAGGUCCCAGUUGGCUCUACUUCCAAGGAUGCAUUCAGUAUCCGUGGUCUUGCGAGCCAGCGAACAGACAAAAACCAAAAAGGCAUGACCAUUAAAGGAGCGGCAGCGAGCGCGAAGGAGCUUUUCCCAGAGAGAUUGGGCAGCAACAAUUCUAGCAAGGAGUUGAUAGAUCCGAGCCGGGUCAGACGGAGACAAAAAGCGCAUGAUGUUUUCAACUGA